UAUAAACCAUGAUUUUAUUUACAACGAUAAUUCUGAAUAGCUUAUUUACUUUGAGGCUGAAAACAACCUGUUUAACUGCAGCUUUACUUAAGAAAAAGCCAAUGAACAUACAUAAUUACUUCUAAAAAUGUAUUGUUAUUUUCUCUUAGAGGGCAAAGCAGAGAAAUUUUCAGUGGGUCUUUUGGAGCUUCCUUUUCGGGUUGGAGUACCUUUUAAUAUUCCUUUGGAAUUGCAGGAUGAGUUUGGUCAUGCAACGCAGUUGACAAAUGACAUUAAACCAAUUCUUGAAGCUAGUGGAUUGACUUUGCAAUAUGAAGAGUUAACUGCAGGAGCAAAUUGCAUCAUUAAGGGUGUCACUGCUAAAGGCUGUGUAAAUAGUUGCCAGGGCAAGAACUUUAAUCUGAAGAUUACUCUUCCUGGAUUGAAAGAAGACACACAGAUUUUUAAAAUAAGAUUGCAGCCUGGCCCUCCAUAUCAAUUGAAAGUAAAACCAGAUUCUGAAAUUCUUAAGAUUGAAAAUGGUACAGCCUUCCCCUUUCAGGUUGAAGUGUUGGAUGAAUCAGGCAAUAUAACAGCACAGCCAAAACUGAUAGUUCACUGCAAGUUUUUAGGUGCUUCAAACCUACCUGUGUAUUCUGUGGACUGCAGUAAUGCAGGAACAAACAUUUUAACUGGUCCAGUCAUACACGUACUGAAUAUAAAGAAAGACCAGAUGCUCAAAGCAAGAAUUGAAAUACCUAGUUGUAAAGAUGUGCCACCAGUGGAAAAGAUGAUUAAACUUCUUCCAAGCAGUCAUGUUGCAAGACUGCAGGUCUUAAGUAUGAAUGGACAAAAAGCUAUUCAAAUUAAACAUCAGGAUGAAAUCAACUGGAUUGCUGGAGAUAUCAUGCACAACCUUAUAUUUCAGAUGUAUGAUGAGGGAGAAAGGGAGAUACAUAUAACUUCAGCUAUGGCAGAAAAAAUUAAGGUUAACUGGACACCCAAAAUUAACAGAGAACAGUUGAUGCAGGGAUUGUUACCUGAUGUGAAAGUACCAACAUCAGUGAAAGAUGUACGAUACUGUCUAAUAAGUUAUCUUGAUGACCAUGUGUCUUUGGAGAGUGCGUUUACAAUCAGGCCACUUCCUGAUGAACCCAAACACAUUAAAUGCAAAUUAGAAGGAUCAAACACAGUACAGUUGGGGGAAGAUCUACAGGGUGAAAUUGAUGUAAUGAUCACGGAUCAGUAUGGAAAUCAGGUUCAAACAGUGACAUCUGCAUGCACAGGUUACCUAGGAGUUGCAGGGCCUGGACUUGAUAAAUCAAAUUUGCAAAUAACUUGGCAGGAAAGUACAUUUACAAUGAGAGUCAAAGGCAUUCGAUUUAAACCUUGUGCACUUGGAAGCAAGGAACUGUGCUUUGCUUGGCGUGAAUUUUCUGAUUUUCUCAGAGUAAAUUUAACUGCAGGAUCACCUGCUAAAUUGCAAAUUAUGGAUUGGCCAGAGUUAGAAAAGCCUGUUGCAGUGAUUAAUGGUAGAGAAUUGCUGAAGCCCCUUGUUGUUCAACUGUGUGAUGAGUGGGGAAAUCCAUCCCCUGAACCUAAUGUCAAAAUCAGCCUUACAAAGAGUAGCAACCUAAAGAUUGUUCCUUCAAACCACCAACAUAGAACAGAUGACAAUGGUAGGGCUAACCUGGGAGUUAUUAGUAUUCAUGCACCUAGGGGAGAGCACACUUUACAGCUUAGAGCUUUGUACAACAAGAUUGCAUUAGAGUGUCCUGUUAUUACAUUUAAUGUCCUUCCUGAUCCUGACAAGCCUAUCCGCUUGAAUGUUAAAUAUGACAAAAAUGCUUCUUUUCCAGCAGGAGGCACCUUUCCAGAUUUUAUGGUUAGUGUUCUUUCUGAAGAUGACAAUAUUAUCAGAAAUAUUAGUCCAGCACGUAUUUCUAUGAAAAUGUGGAAAGGACAGGGCAGCGGAAAUAGGAUACCAACUGAUGUUACAGCAUUUAGCUGUAGUAAAAUAAAGGAUGACAAGGAAGAUGGCUUCUUUUAUUUCAGGGAUAAAGUGAUUCCAGAGAGAGUGGGCACUUACAGUAUCCAGUUUACUUUUGCAAUGGAUAAGACAAACAUGCUCAACAGUGACCAGAUUAUAGUUGAAGUUGUACCUAAUGACCCAGUCCGCUUGUUACCUGAUUCUUUACCAGCUACUCCAGCAGUUUCCAAUGUGCGAGCAAUCACUAGCCGUACUCUGGUCAAGGAUUUACACCUCCACAUAAUGGAUGAAUACAACAAUCAUACUGGAGCUGACUUAAUUGGAAGAGUAAUAGCAAAAAUUAAGAGCCCCAAUGAAGAUGAUACAGAGAUCCCACAGUUUCAGGGGAAGAUCAGUACAAUUGAGUUCCCAUUUGACAGAGGAUCAGCUGAAAUUAACCUAGUGCUGGCUGAAAACAGUCCUGGAAGAGAUAGUACUGAAUAUAUUCUUGUAUUUGAGCCAGAUCUGCCAGCUUUGAAAAAACCUUUGGAACCGUACCGUCUGUCAUUUAUGUUUUAUAAUGAUUUCAAGAAGCAGCAACAGAUGGCAACACUUACAAGGGAGAGAGACCAAUUAUCUCAGUCCAUAGGCGUUUAUAGAAAUUGGUUUGAUACUACUAAUCAGCUUGUAAAUGAAAUGAGAUGUCAGGUUAAAGAAGCUGAAACAAGAGAAAUUCACCUGAGGAAUGAACUGAGGAAACACCAAAUUGAAUUACCACAGACAAACACACUUCAGUUUGUGGAUUCUCUUAUAAAACAAAAGAUGUUGGAUCAAGAUGGACUAAUGAAACAGCCAAGGAGGACUUGUACCCUCCCAAACUAUCCAAAAGGCAACCAAGAUAUUUUAGGGAAGAUUGCACAUUUAGCACAAAUUGAGGAUAACGAAGCAGCAAAAGUUAUCUCUUGGCAUCUCGCCAGUGACAUGGACUGUGUAGUCACAUUGACUACUGAAGCUGCUCGUUCUAUUUUUGAUGAAACGCAAGGUCGACAGCAAGUGUUACCUCUUGAUUCUAUUUACAAGACACUCCCUGAUUGGAACAGGCCUUUACCUCACUUAAGAAAUGGAAAAAUCUGCUUCAGACCUGUAGGAAAUCCUGUAUUUGCCAGAGAUCUGUUAACAUUUCCAGAUAAUGUAGAGCAUUGUCAAACAGUGUUUGGGAUGCUUUUGGGUGACACUAUCAUCAUAGAUAACUUGGAUGCUGCAAACCAUUACAGAAAAGAGGUAGUAAAAAUUACACCUUGCCCUACAUUGCUGACUAGGGAAGGAGACAGGAUUCGCAGCAAUGGAAAAUUUGGAGGCCUUCAGAACAAAGCUCCUCCAAUGGACAAACUGAGAGGAAUGGUAUUUGGAGCACCUGUGCCAAAACUGUACUCUGCUUUCACUGGGCAGAUAGAUCUUCUACAGCAGUAUCGUGCAGCAGUUGUGAAACUUGAUGAUGUGAAUAAAGACCUUAAUUUACAUUUGAGAUCGCUUAACACUCCAGAAAUGCUGAAGAAAAAACAAGAGCUUGCCGAACAAGAGAAAAGCCUCAUGCUUAUUGAACAAAAAUUGGGUAUGACUCCUUCAGAUAAAGUCUCUGAAUUGUUACUUCAGCCUGUAAUCCUUGAUAUGCCUGACACCCCCAUCCCUCCCAAAAGAAUGAGAAAAGAAACUGUAAAAAAAUUGUAUAGCUCAGAAGAAUGGGUUUCCUCUGCUGCUAAGAAGCAGCUACAGCAACAGCAACCUCUGCAAAUACCACCUUCAGAAUUUAAUGGAACUGCACGAAAGAGAAAGGCAUAGACUGAUGACUCUUGCUGGAAACAUCUAUAUAUCGAAAAUGUGAAUAAGUGCAGUUAAGGGAGAUAUUCAUGUUGUAUUACGUAUUACUAUGAAGAUUUUUAUACUGAUAAAAGAUAUAAAUGUAUUUCAGUUAGUAGUAAGAAAAAUUUAAGUGUUUAACAUUGAUAGCCCAAUUUUUGUAUAGUUAAUUUUCAUUUCCAAAAGUUUUCAGAGUUCUUAUGUUCAUGUGUGGAAAAAGAAAUUUAAGAUAUAUCGUUUUUUAUUUAUGAAAAAAGUUCAAACUUUUCAAUAAAAUUCCUGCAAUACAACACACUGUUAAUGUAAUUGAUUGUAAUAACUGAGUCAGCAGACUGAAACUUUUUGUUUAGAAAGACAGGCUGUCUUGGGGAAGAGAACUUUCAAGGCUGCUCUUCUUUGAUUGAUGGAUUGUCAAGGAAUUGUAAAUCAAUUAACAGGAGGGGGUUGGAGACUCAAUAUAAUGAAAUCUAACCACAGCCAUUUGUAGUUUUCAAGAUAGUUAACAAAAAGCCAUUAUUUAAGGUGACGUCCAAUAUGUUGACAUAGAAAUUUAUAACUCCCUCAGAAAUUUCUCCUUAAUGGAGAAAGAAAGUAAUAACUUAUGAGUAUGAAAAGCUUAACAGCUUAACUAGGAAGCUGUUCUAUGGACAAGGAAAGUUGCAAAGGAUUACAUUUCAUGGGUGCAGUUCAAAUGUAUUAUUGUCCCAGUGCUAACCUCUUAAUAUCUCUAUUUCAGCAACACUCACAGAACAGCCUUACUGCUAAGCAGAUAAAAAUUGGUCCAUGAUACCAAAAGUGUAACUGGGACAUAAGGAUUUCAGUAGGAAAUGAUGAGAUCACAAAGGGAAAAAGAAAGAUGAUUAGUCUGUGUAUGCAUUUUAAGAGUUAAAAACUAAAACAGGAGGUAGAAUAAUCAUGAGGAAAGUGUAAAUAUCUGAACAGAAUUUUGUUUUGUAAGGAUUUCUCUAGUUUUAAAACAUACAUCAGUAGAUUUUGUUGACUUCCUUAAAUGCCUAAAGCAAAUUAAAUUUUUUUGAGGUUUAAAAAAUAGUCUUAAAAUACUAGAGAAAAUAUUCCAACAGGUACAUGUGACCACAAAAAAGUGAGAGGGAGAAUUGAAGGUAAAC